UCUGGAAUUCAUUUGGUACAAGUUGGUUAUGUAAAUUUUUCGUGUUAAGUGUAGUUUUAUGUCAACACCGGACUGGACCUAUUGGCUAGGCGGAUUCUGCACACUGGACACUCAAACACUGGUGGCGAAAUGUGCACCGGGAGGGAAUAUCUGGAACUGGUCAGCCUAUUAGUGCAGGCCAAGCCCCCGAAACCCCAGGAGCUGAGGCCCUGCAACCAGCAUGAGCUGCUCCUGCAACUCCUUUGCCGUCGCAGGGAGCUCACCAAGAACCAACUCGUGGAUCUAAUGUGGAACGUGACCAAUGGGCCAAAGAAGAAGAACUUAAGGAGAAGGCAGUGCGGUGGCAUGGACAGACAGCAGUCGGAGCCCACCGAUGUCGAAGUAGUGUUCGGGUGCAGGGAGAAGACGCCACCAUCCUCCAUUUCCCAGCGAGGCUGGGGAAGAUCACGCAUCGAGUGGCUGCACAAGCUGGAGGCUCAGCAGAUGCAAUACUACCAGGCCUGGCAGGAGACCCCAAAAGUCCAGGCAGGUAGCACACCAGGUGGCAAAAAGGACAAGGAAUGCAAGGCACCCAACAAAAUGGACAAGGAAGGCAAAGACAGGAGCAGAAGCAGGAACAGGAGGAAGCUACCCGGCUGUUGGGCCCUUCUGCCAUUCAGCUGUGGUUGGGACCUCGCCGACGAAUCCAGCUGCCAGGACGUGCCCCACCGUAAGCAGAGAUGAGAUGAGUUCGUGAUUUGCCUUUUGGGCCGCCCAGACCAGGGGCACUAUCUACUUUUUCGACCAGGCUGCACUUUGAUUUCGAUUCCCGGAGCGCCGGGACCGCAAUUAAAUUCGUCUGCAGACACAACUCUCGACAAGUGCCGGUUGCCAAAGUUGCAUUCUGCGGCUGAAGAGUGGCUACGCCAAGAGGAGGACUCCCCUUAGCCCAGUCACGGCCUAAUUUGAUGAACUCGUCAAGUGCCAACUCGAGGACCAAGUUUUGGGCGCCAAUUGAUAUCGGCGCGAUUCUCGAAGUUCGCCUUUAGUUCAAAAUGGCACCACAACCUCCACCACCAUCACCAACAAACGAGUGGCCAACUGACGGGCCGAAUAACCGCAACAUGUGCAAAAAUCUGGCAUUAAAAUUCCGCACAGACAAAAUCGGCCGCAACACGAAAACGGCCAAGCGAAAGGACACGGACAUUCGAGGGACGGGAGGAUUGAAGGUCCGAGGAUGGGAAGGAUAGCAUACCUUGCGGCGACUUCUCGUACGCACACCUGCCCAGGUAAAAGGGUCCUUGUCGAGUGGUUAUCUCGUGAACAAUGAUUCCGAAGGCGUAGACGUCGCCCUUCUGGGUUCCCUCGGGCGCUCUGUUGUGCUCCACUCUCAGCAGUUCCGGGGCGGUCCACAAGAGCUCUGCAGAUAGAAAAAAUAUUUCCUUUUACUUAAUCUUUAUCAAAAAAUCUAAAAUGUAUUUUUAAGAGUUUAAAAAGUGGUAUACCUUACAGAAAAUAUUUAUUAUACGCCUUCAAAUCAAUUAUGUUACAGAAAAUAUAGUUAUUUUUAAGAUCUAAAAAA